AUGUUUCGAUCUCUGAAGGGAAAAAUUAUUGGCGCAUUCCAAGACAAUCCGCAAAUAACAAACAGUUCGUCAGAAUCCGAACCACAGCUGUCCAUGCCUCCCUCUCGUUGGUCCCUUCCUACAAGCGGGCGACGGCCAAACACCGUCACCGAGGAGAAUCAUUCCACCUCAAUCCUUAGAUUCGACUCUCCUUUCCCGAAAUCGCACACAAAGAUUACGCCUCGUCUUACUACGAGCCCCUCGACGUCCCAUCUGUUACCCGCGGACUUUCUCAUUGACGGUACUCCAGAGCGCUUCACAGAGGUUCCGCAGGUAUCGGCGGCAACACAGGAAGCUAUUCCAGCAACCGUAGCAUCUGAGGAAAGCUCUCGCAGACAGCAGACAGGCACAGCCAACGGCUCGGAACCGAGAUUCUCUUCACAUGUCGAAGAUUUCUCCUUGACGAAGAUGUUUGCCUCUCCCAACAACGGACUACCACCUAGCUAUCAAUCCAGUGCCAACCCCUCUCUGGUGGGAGGUUUCGGUAGCGAUGGGCUCGAUCCCGCUCCGGCCUACGACUGGGGAUUGGCGCUGGAUGUUGACGGAUCGAACAACGAGCAGCAAACUUCAGCACGGCGUGUCAGUCAUGAUCACCACCAACCGCCAGCUUCCUUACCUGAGGUUCCCCGUCGAAUCAACUACUACCGCGCAACAAGCGCCGAUAUUCUGGCCGACUUUGACUUUCCACUGCCCGUAGCCAAGACUUCUACCACAAUAAUGGAGGCCACGAUGCCUUCUUCUUCCACCCCACCGCCACAAAGAGGCUACCUGCCAACACCAGCGUCCAUUCUUGAGGAUUUUGACGCGGCGCCCUUUUCGCCUCAAACCACCGGCGGCAGCUCAAGCACUGCAGCAAGUACACCGCCAAUACUAUCACCGCCCUCACGCCCAAGAUCAACAUCAAAGCUAGCAUCACUGUUGUCAAACAACCCAUACCUUGAGAUCUUUGAACAGAAAGAGCAAGCAAUGACGGUCGCAUUUUUGCGCAGUCAAGAAGCAGUAUCUGGAUCUCGCUCCACGGAUCUCGCAGCUGAUGACUUUAGCUUCGGCCAGAGGUAUCACAAGGCGGCAGACACAACAGACGUUGUCGUUACUAGGCAAAGGCUACCGGCCAACGACCUGAGCGGUUCCCGAGAGUGUCCAAUUUGUGCUGAAACAAGAGAAAUUUCAAUGUUUCCGGUCCUGAGUGUCACCCCGAUGUGCACGCACCCGCCAGAGACGUGCUUGGCGUGCCUUCAAAUGUCCAUAAAAGCAGAUCUGAACAGCAAACUAUGGACUGAUAUUCGCUGCCCUGAAUGCCGCGAGCUGCUGGAAUACGUCGACAUUCAGAAGUAUGCAGACGAAGACACAUUUGCCCGAUAUGAGGCAUUGGCUCUUCGAGCUGCUAUGGCUGAAGCCGACAACUUCAUUUGGUGUACGGCUAACUGCGGCUCUGGCCAGCUCCAUGACACCGGCGGCGACCAACCUAUAGUGACAUGUUUACAUUGUGGCCAGCGGUCUUGCUUUAGUCACAAUGUGACGUGGCACGAGAACUUGUCGUGUGAGGAGUACGAUGCGCUGCUACAAGACCCGGAGAACUUCCGCUCGCGUAUUGAGAUGGAGUACGACGAAUUUGACUCGGCGCGACGGGCGCAAGAAGAUGCCGAUCGAGCGAUAGCGCAAGGCCUUAUGGCUGAACAACAGGCCGAGAUUCAGGAGCGGGAAUUCAGAGAACGCGCCGAAAGAGAGAGAGCCCGCAAAGCGGCCGCCCUAGCGAGGAAGGUUGCCGCUCGUCGAAAAGCGGAAGAAGAGCAGAGUCGAGUGACUGUGAGCCGAACGACGAAGCCGUGUCCUGGUUGCGGAUGGGCCAUUGAAAAGAACUCUGGCUGUUCACACAUGACCUGCCAGGUAGUGGGCUCCAGCAUGCAAUGCAAGCAAACGGACAAACGAAAAGGAAGCGGAAAAGAACAGAAACCAUCUAACCUGGAUGACCAAUUCCUAGGUUCCAAAUGCAAGCACGAGUUCUGCUAUGAGUGCGGGGCGGAUCAUAAGCAUAUUUUACUCCUUGAUAACAGCAUACAUGGCGACGACUGCCGCUUUCAUCCAAACAACCUUGUCGAUUGA